AUGUUAAAGCAGUUACCUUCAAGGGAGAGGUUACUUGCGGUAAAGAAGCUCAGUAGUGAGAUCUUUGGUGAGACAUUCAAUCCACAAAACAUUAGAAAUGGGUUGAAAGUAUUGAGAAAGCCAUUAGUAGGGCCUGAAGUUGCCUCGUACUAUGGUAAGAAUGAUUCCAUGCCUACGUUCAAGGAUUUCAAAGCUUGGUUUCCUGAGUUGAAGUUGGUUGACCCCCGUGAAGAGACGAGGUUGAAGAUGGUUGCUGACAGAAAGAAGAGAAAUAAGGGAGCUCCUAAGAAGAAGUCAUCGUAG